UAGAUAAAGCAAAGAGGUCCUAGAGAUUAAUAUGGCAGAAAAAGUAGUGCAUAAAUCAUGGAUAAUUCAGUAUAAUUUACAUUCUAUUUUAGGAAUAUUCCUAUUGGUCUUUGUUUUUGUGACUUUUUAUGUUAUAGAGGACAAUACUGAUGGUGCUAGUAUCCUAGUCCAAAAUAAGCUUAUAAGAAAAGCUUCAUCUCCUAAGUGCGAUUUGUUUUCUGGGAGUUGGGUUUUUGAUAACGUCUCAUAUCCUCUAUAUAAAGAACAACAAUGUUCUCUCAUGGCUGAUGACUUUGCUUGUCACAAAUUUGGAAGAAAAGACUCAAAAUUUCAACAUUGGAGAUGGCAACCUUAUAAUUGUGAUCUUCCAAGAUUUAGUGCCCAAGCAUUGUUGGAGAAGCUAAAAGGCAAGAGAAUGGUGUAUGUUGGGGAUUCAUUGAACAAGAACCAAUGGAUGUCUAUGGUAUGCUUAAUUGAAUCCUCUGGAAUUAUAUCUCCCAAACCACUCAUUUGGAAAGGCAACUUGAUCAUCUUUGAGGUCAAGGAAUACAAUGCAACAAUUGAAAUCUACUGGUCACCAAUGCUAGUAGAAUCUAAUUGUGAUGAUCCAUGGAAUCACCGUAUCCGGGAUCGAAUCAUCAGAAUUGAGGCCAUUGAAAAACAUGCUAGGCAUUGGAAUGAUGCAGACAUUCUCAUCUUUGAUUCUUACACCUGGUGGCAUGAGCACCAAAUGACACUUCUAUGGGGAUCUUUUAAUAGUUCUGAUGCAAUCUACAAGAAGGUUGGCAUGAAGCUGCGCCGCUAUGAGAUGGUCUUAAGAACAUGGUCGGAUUGGUUGGAAGUUCAAAUUGACAGAAAAAGGACAAGAUUGUUCUUCAUGAGCCUCUCUCCUUCUCACAAAAAUGCUGUAGAUUGGGGCAUGGGAAAUGAUCAAACUUGCCAUGAUGAAAUAGAACCAAUAUCAAGGAAACAGUAUUGGGGAAGUGAAAAUGAUAAAAAGAUGAUGGAAAUAGCAGAGGCCUCUGUAAAUGGGCUGAAGAGAAGUGGAUUAGAUAUACAAUAUAUCAACAUAACACAACUAUCAGAUUAUAGAAAAGAUGCACAUCCAUCAAUUUACAAGAAGAAUUGGGUUGCUCCGACAAAAGAGCAACUGGUAAAUCCAAGGAGUAAUGAUGAUUGUGUACAUUGGUGCCUUCCUGGUGUGCCUGAUGUUUGGAAUCAGAUUCUUUAUGCCUAUAUCAUGGACUCUCAAGAGAAUUAAAGGAACAGAGAUGUUGAGUUAUGUGAUGUUUUGAUGAAGAUAAAUAAAAUAGACUAGUUGUUAAAUUAAUUUUGAAAUCCAAAGAUAUGGAAACUGUGUAUUCAAAUUGUUUUGUGUAAAACAAAUAAUUCUUCUCCGUGAAAAAUAGCAAAAUAUAAAUUAAUUGAUUUUUCAGAGAUAGUGA